CCUCCCCGCCGCCCCCCCCACACGAACUCUUGUCGCCAGUGGAAGUGGAGGUGAGCUCGGUCCCACUUUCUCUUUUGCGCGGAGGAGCCUGAGGCGAAGGGCUUGAGGUCUGCGCGGGGGGCACUUCGGUUCUCGUCCCUGCUGGUCGGGGUACGAGUAGGGAGCUGGUCUCGCCUAACACAUGUGUCUGGCACACUUGUGUUUAUUUAUUCUCGCACAUAUCUAGAGGAUGGCGAUGGCGUCGGCAACGGAAGGGAACGGGGCGUCCGCCGGCUACGUGAAGGAGUUCACUCGCCACUGCGGCGACGUGCUGCUCAACCUGAACGAGCUGCGGCACCGCGGCAUCUUGACCGACGCCACCCUGGCGGUGGGCCACGCGCGCCUGCGGGCUCACUCGGCCGUGCUGGUGGCCUGCAGCGGGUUCUUCUAUUCGCUCUACACGCGGCCGGUGCAGCACAUGAGCGUGUCCCUCCCGGGCCACUUGGAGCCCACCAGCGUGGCCCUGCUGCUGGACUUCAUGUACACGUCCCGCCUCCCGCUGACCCCUGCCACCGCCCCCGGCGUGCUUGCCGCGGCGGCCUACCUGCAGAUGGACCACGUGGCCGACACCUGCCGGGACUUUAUGCGGCUGCACUGCGGGGAAAAGAUGAGAACGAGACACGCCCGAUUGGAGCUGGACCCCCGGAUGUCGGUAGCCUCUGUGGCCCCUAAAAGUGGAGACCUGCCUCAUCUUGGACCGCAGGCAGCUCAGAAAGUCAGUACUUUUUCCAGGGCCCCGGGUGAGGCCGAGGGCCCGCUCACACCGGGGGCCUUCCCGCCACGCGGGCCCGCUUCAGAGGAGCUAAAGAAGGAGCUCGUGUCGCCCCCGCCGUCUCCCGACAGCCCCGCUCGCUCCAGCUGCCAGCCGAGCUCCCCCGCCGAGUCCAAAACCUGCAAGGAAAAUCUUGAGUGUGGCAGCAAAACCACCGCGUACCCAAAGUCCUGCAACUGGAAAAAAUACAAGUACAUUGUCCUCAACCCUCUCUGUGCCGGGAGCUCAGUGAAGGAGGAGCCGCGUGGCGGCGACGCCACGGCCGUGACACAGGCGUGGCCUGGAGAAGUGCCUGGUCAGAUUGAUAGACAGGGGCGGGCCUCCUGCUACGAGGGUUCUGGCCGAGCCCCUCCCCUCGGGCCACCCGCCUCCGUGGACGAAGGGACAGCUAGCACUCAUCAGCAACAUCACGCCGUCAAGCGAGAGUGCUCCUAUGCGCCUUACGGUUACCCGGGCAACGCUAAAGGAGGCAAAAGCAUCCUCUCGGGCGACAAGCCGUACCACUGCAACGUGUGCGGGGCCCGCUUCAACCGGCCGGCCAACCUCAAGACGCACGCUCGCAUCCACUCGGGCGAGAAGCCGUACCGCUGCGACACCUGCGGCGCCCGAUUCGUUCAGGUGGCUCACCUGCGGGCGCACGUCCUGAUCCACACGGGUGAGAAGCCGUACCCGUGUCACACGUGCGGCACCCGCUUCCGACACCUGCAGACCCUCAAGAGUCACCUGCGCAUCCACACCGGAGAAAAGCCUUACUCGUGUGAAAAGUGCGAGCUCCGCUUCCGCCACAAAAGCCAGCUGCGCCUUCAUCUGCGCCAGAAGCACGGCGCCGUUACCAACACCAAGAUCCACUACAAGGUCCUGACUGAGCCGUACCCGCCCGUUCUGCAGGCCUGCUAAAAAAAAAAAAAAAAAGGCUGAACGACACUAACUUUUUCUGAAUGGUAUAUUUGUCACUGGUUGCGAGAGGUGGUUUAGCUGUCUGUAAAAAAACAAAUCCUCACACUCGCCGAGCUUGCAUUUGAGAGUAGAGCGGUAAAAAAGUUGGAUUAGAGUGUAACCGAAAGUGUGUUUGUAAGUUUGUGAAGAGUUUGAGAGGAAGUCCUGCCAAAGAGAGGUUUUGUAAAGUUUGAGUAUGUUCAGUGAACCCUUACCAUUCGACAACUUCAAACAAAGAUAUUGACAAUCAAGCAUAAAAAUGGUUUUGCAAUUUUUGAAUCCAAUUUUUUAAGCUUAAAUAAUGAAGGACAAAGUAUGUUCAGGCACAAAAUGGUGAGGGUUCACUUCAGGUGGUUGAAGGAAGUUUGAACAGUACGUGUGGACGUUUGAGCUCAUUCAUUUAAAACGUACUUUGAAUGACAAUUGUGUUGUUUCUUGCUUCUAAGUUUUGCAUUGAACUUCGCACGUGAGAGGCCUGGCGCCUUGCGUGCUCUCUGAAAUAAUUUAUGCAUCUAUACCCACUUGAGAAAGUCCAAGCGGGCAAAGGACUUUUGCGGAUAUAUAACCGUACAAAUUGUCUCCAAGAGAGUCGGGAAUUAUUGGAUGAUUCAUUUGCAGGUCAAAGAUGCUUUUGUGUUAUUUCAAUUAAACUGCAGCCUUGA